AUGACUUCAUUCUUUGGCCGAUUCAAAGCUGGCACUAGUCCGGCGAACCCUGCCGCAAAUGCCGCACCGCUGAAGAAGGAUCCGAAUGCCCCCCAGCCAACGCCGCUGGAGAGGCUCCUCGCCGAUGCAGGUCCAAUACGUGCAGACGGAAGCGAUAAAUUCUUUGGAUUCGAGAAUGUAAUUAUGCCUGGCUGCCGUAGCUGUCUCCGCUUGGUCUACUGUGUACUAACUCCCUAUAUCAAUUCCAUAGUGCAAUCUCUGUACUACUCGGCACCCUUCCGAGAACACGUCAUAAGCUAUCCUACACGAUCCCCGCCCGAAACGCUCCAAAGAUCAGUGUCGGAAUCCGCCGUCGCCCUUCCUAAGAUAAAUACCGAUGUGCCCUCGACAAAUGCACAGAACUCAGCACUCUCGCCGAAAGGCAGAGAUUCGCUAUCCCUUCCAAAUGCGGCGGCGAGGAGAGGUCUUCUCAGCCCACCGGCGCUUCCAACGUCACCGGGCGUGAAACCGGAGGAGAAUAAGGACUCGCCUGAAUACAAGAAGAAGGCCGCUCUGGCGGCAGGGCCCGUGCUGGCUAUGGACUAUGAGAACUCGAGCGCAUAUGGCAUGUCGGAAUCGCUCUUCACAUCGUUGAAGGAUAUCUUCGAAGCGAUAAUAGCUCACAAAUCACGGAUCGGCGUCGUGAGCCCGAACAAAUUCCUCGAAGUGUUACGGAGGGAGAAUGAGAUGUUCCGGACCCCCGUACAUCACGACGCGCACGAGUUUCUGAAUUUUCUGCUCAACCAAGUGGUGGAACAUGUGGAGCAGUUUCCUAAGCAGCGCCUCAGAGAAGCCGGCGAAGGGGACUCGGGAGCUCUGGCUCGUGCUAUGGAACAGGUAGCAGAUGCGACAUCUACAUCAGUGGCCAACAACACGAAAUGGGUACACGACCUCUUCGAAGGAACUCUGACAUCAGAAACCAGAUGUCUAACCUGCGAAAAAACCUCUCAGAGAGACGAAGCGUUCCUCGACCUCUCCGUCGACCUCGAACAGCAUUCCUCUGUAACCAGCUGCCUUCGCAAAUUCUCCGAAGAAGAAAUGCUCUGCGAACGCGACAAAUUCCACUGCGACAACUGCGGCGGCCUCCAAGAAGCAGAAAAGCGGAUGAAGGUCAAACGACUCCCGCGUAUAUUAGCUCUGCAUCUCAAGCGCUUCAAGUACAUUGGAGGGGAUCUGCAGCGCCUCCAUAAGCUGUUCCACCGCGUCGUCUAUCCCUACUACCUCCGCCUCUUCAACACGACCGAGGAUGCCGAGGACCCAGACCGCAUCUACGAACUCUACGCCGUUGUGGUGCAUAUUGGCGGCGGACCAUAUCACGGGCACUAUGUCUCCAUCAUCAAGACGCAGGAUCGCGGCUGGCUCCUGUUCGACGAUGAAAUGGUCGAACCCGUCGACAAAUCCUACGUGCGCAACUUCUUCGGCGGCGAAAACGUCCUCGCGUGCGCGUACGUCCUGUUCUACCAAGAAACCACCCUCGAGGCCAUGCAGAAGGAGCAAGAGGCUGAAGCGCUGGCGGCUGAGCAGCAAGCUAGUAGUACUGCUGAGGUCCCAGUUCCCGCGACGACGUCGGAACCGACGGCAACCCUCCUGAAGCAGGAUGUGAAUGGGACUGCGGGCGUACCGAACGGACUGGCUCAUGCGGCGACGCCACAGCUCGACCUCGACUCGGAUGCUUCCUCCUUCGCAGUCCUGAACCACGCGGUUACGGCUCCGCCAGCGCUCUCGACCGAGAACACCAACAUCGCAGCCACCACAAACCAACCACUCGACCACACCCACACCGUCUCCGUCCCUGUCCCCGCGCUGAGCCCCAAGAAAUCCAAACACAAUCUUUCCUCGUUCCACCUCAAGAAGGAUAAAAGCGGCAAGUCGAAAGAGGAAAAGGAACGCAAAGCCGCGGAGAAGGCAGCGGAGAAGGAAAGAGACAAGGAGGCGAAGAGGGAGAGGAAGGAGAAGGAGAGGGAAGUCAAGGAGAGUAUCAAGAGGCAGGAGGAGGAGCUGAAGAUGGCGUUGGCGGCAAGCAAGCUCAGUGCUAAGACGGAGGAGGAAUCGAGGAGGAGGGAAGCGCAAUCGGCAGAGAAGGACGUGUCCGAGGCGGAUCCCGGCAGGGAGAAGGAGAAAGAGAAUGGCGCGGGGACUCCGACUGUGGGCACUUUUAGUAAAGCGAGUCUGGGCCGUUUCGGCAGGGGGAGUAUGAGUUUCCGGCAGAAACCGAAGUUUUGGCCUGGAGGCAAGGAGAAGGGUGGGGGUGAAGAGGGUGGUGCCGGAGAGGAUGCCGAGCAUGAUGGGGAGGAGAAGGAGAAGGAGAAGCAGGGGAAGAAUCGGUUUAGUCUUGGGAGGAAGAAGUCGACGUUUCUUCAUAUGGGGUCGUCCGGGUCGUGA